AUGAAGUACAUUGUGGUCAGCGGAGGUGUCAUCUCCGGUAUCGGCAAGGGCGUUAUCGCGUCGUCCACCGGUCUCUUGCUCAAGACGCUCGGUCUUCGUGUCACCGCCAUCAAGGUCGACCCUUACAUGAACAUCGAUGCCGGCACCAUGUCGCCUACCGAGCACGGUGAAGUGUACGUGCUUGACGAUGGAGGAGAGGCCGAUCUCGAUCUGGGUAACUACGAGCGAUACCUUGACGUCACCCUCAGUCGAGACAACAACAUCACCACCGGCAAGAUCUAUCGCGAGGUUAUUGAGAAGGAGCGAAAGGGCGAUUACCUCGGCAAGACGGUUCAGAUCGUGCCCCAUCUUACCAAUGCCAUUCAGGACUGGAUUGAGCGUGUCGCCCAGCGACCCGUCGACGGUACCGGCGAAUCCCCCGAGGUUUGCAUCAUCGAGCUCGGAGGUACCGUUGGUGACAUUGAGUCCGCCCCCUUCGUUGAGGCCAUGCGUCAGUUCCAGUUCCGUGUCGGCCACGAAAACUUUGCGCUCAUCCAUGUCAGUCUCGUUCCCGUCGUCGGUGGCGAGCAAAAGACAAAGCCCACCCAGGCUGCCAUUCGCGAUCUCCGUGGUCUAGGUCUUGUGCCCGACAUGAUCGCCGCCCGCUGCACUGUUCCGCUCGAGCGCGCCGUUAUCAACAAGCUCUCCAUGUUCUGCCACGUCGGACCCGAGCAGGUCAUGGCCGUUCAUGACGUCUCUUCCACCUACCACGUUCCCCUGCUGCUUGAACAGCAAGGCAUGGUCCGCUUCUUCCAGAAGCGUCUCGGCCUCGACAUCAACGGAAGCAUCGCACGACCCAUGAAAGAGCAGGGUCUCGAACUUCGAACCCGAUGGCGCGACCUCACUGUCGGCCACGACCGAAUGGUUGACAAAGUUGAGAUUGUCUUGGUCGGCAAGUAUACUUCCCUGCACGAUUCCUACAUGUCGGUGGUCAAGUCGCUCGAACACGCUGCGCUCCGAUGCGACCGCAAGCUGGUGCUCAAAUGGGUCGAAUCGAGCGAUCUCGAACCUCUUGCUGAGAGCGAGAAUCCCGUCAAGUAUCACCAGGCCUGGCAAGCGCUCUGCUCAGCCGAGGGUAUCCUCGUGCCUGGUGGGUUCGGCACGCGUGGUACCGAGGGUAUGAUCAGUGCAGCCCGCUGGGCGCGAGAGAAGAAGGUGCCUUAUCUCGGCAUCUGCCUUGGAUUCCAGAUUGCUGUUAUUGAAUACGUACGAAACGUGCUUGGCAUCGAUACUGCCGGCUCUGCCGAGCUUGAUGCCAACUGCAAAGACCCCGUCGUCAUCUACAUGCCCGAGAUCAGCAAGACUCACCUCGGCGGCACCAUGCGUCUGGGCUUGCGACCUUCCAUCUUCCAAGAGGGUACCGAAGAGUGGAGCAAAAUUCGCCAGCUCUACGGCGGUCAGCCGGUCGUCUGGGAACGUCACCGUCACCGAUACGAAGUCAACCCCGAGUACGUGGAGCGCAUCGAAAAUGCAACGGCCAACCCAUCGUCAAAAGCGACACCACAAAAGAUUCCCAACGACAUUCCUGCAGCAUCGCCACCGUUCACCUCGCCAAGGCUCGGAUCAUCGUCCUCGUUUGCUGCUGCGCAGAAGACUUUCACCGGCGUUGACGAGCUCAAGUUUGUCGGUAGGGACGAGAAGGGCGAGCGAAUGCAGAUCGCCGAGUUGCGCCACCACCCUUACUUUGUGGGUAUGCAGGCGCACCCUGAAUUCUGCUCUCGACCGCUCAACCCUUCGCCUCCCUUCCUCGGAUUCAUCGCUGCUUCCGCCGGAUUGCUCGAGGAGCAGUUGGCCAAGCAGAAGAACUACGUUCCACCUCAUCCCAAGAGUCACAUGAUUUCCGAGUCCGAGAUGGUCAAGCGCAGGGAAGCAGGAGAGGUGAAUGACAAGCCAGCCACCACACCUCCUGGUGCUGCUACACCUACACGAAGCUUGAGUGUCAACAAGGGGCCCAAGGCGGAUCUAGCUGUUGCUGCUCGCAUCGCUGCCGCUGAGAAGGCCAACGGUGCUGUUGCAGAUCACUGA